UUAAUGGGGCCAUGAGGCAUCCUGCUCAUGUCCCUUAUGCUUAGGUACAGUAAAGGGGGGUAUUAGACAGUAAUGCUGGCUGAUCUGAGCACUCUGUCUGCUGUGUAGUCUGGGGGGAUCACCAUGGGGAGCACCAGCAAGGUGGCCAACUUGUUGAACAGGAGACAGAGUCUCUUCCCUAACCACAAAGUUGCGGAUUCAGACAUUAAUCGAAGACCCUCUGAGAUUGUCUAUCCGUUGGCCAAGAAAAGCUGCAUGAAGACAUGGAACUCCAUGCACGAGCUGGGCAGGGACAUCUACGACAUUUAUGCAGAGUACGAAGAAGAACGAGAUGACAAUGCUAUGUAUUGCUCUUCCAAGCAUGUUUCCCUCUCCAAGAAGAACUACACGAUCAACAUCAAUGUAGGGGGUAAGCCCUACCAGAUAGCCUACAAGACGGCCGCCAAGUAUCCGAAGACCAGAAUAGGACGACUGGCCACCUACACGGACCACAACAUGAAGCUGGACUUGUGCGAUGACUACAUUGUGGCCACCAAUGAGUAUUUCUUUGACAGAGAUCCAGAUGUCUUCCACAACAUCUUCAACUUCUACAGGACCGGUGUUUUGUGGAUCAAGGAUGAGUUGUGUCCCCGCAACUUCCUGGAGGAGAUUAACUACUGGGGCGUGAGGAUCAAGAACACCCACCGCUGUUGUCGCAUCUCCUUCGAGGAGCGGCAGGACGAGCUGAAUGAUCAGCUGAAGAUCCAGAGGGAGCUGGAGGCAGAGGUGGAGAUUGAGGAGAAUGAGGAGCUCUUCCAUGACAUGUUCAUGGGCCAGAAGCGCAGGGCUAUCUGGAACUUGAUGGAGAAGCCAUUUUCGUCUGUCAAGGCCAAGCUGAUGGCGUUGGCUUCCAGCGUGUUUGUCCUGAUCUCCUUAGUGGCCAUGACUCUCAACACGGUGGAGGAGAUGCAAUACAGAACUCCCAAAGGUCAGCUCAGCGGGAAGACAUACUGGGAACACGUGGAGUCCAUGUGCAUCGUCUUCUUCACAAUGGAGUUCCUGCUCCGUCUGAUGUCCACUCCUGACCUCAAAUCCUUCAGCAGGAGUGUGCUCAACGUGGUGGACCUGAUUGCCAUCCUGCCUCAGCAUGUACAGGCCAUCUUGGAGUUCUUUGACAAUGAGGAGAAUUACAUGAAGCAUGAGGCCGACAUGCAGGCGGUGGGGCAGGUGGGAAAGCUGGGCCAGGUGUUGCGGAUCAUGAGAUUGAUGCGAAUUUUUCGGAUCUUGAAACUGGCGCGACACUCCACAGGUCUGCGGGCCUUCGGCUUCACUUUGCGUCAGUGCUACCAGCAAGUAGGCUGCCUCUUCCUUUUCAUCGCCAUGGGCAUCUUCAGCUUCUCGGCCAUGGUUUACACUGUGGAGCAUGACAUGCCGCAGACAAACUUCACCAGCAUUCCUCAUGCAUGGUGGUGGGCAGCUGUCAGCAUCUCAACUGUGGGCUACGGCGACAUCUACCCAGAGACCAUACUGGGUCGUCUCUUCGCUUUCAUCUGCAUCUCUUUAGGAAUCAUCCUCAACGGUCUGCCCAUAUCUAUCCUCUUCAACAAGUUCUCAGACUAUUACUCUAAACUCAAGUCAAAUCAGUACACAGCCUCCACCAAGAAUCGAGGGAAGGUGAGAUUUUCCAACAGGACAGUGAAAAGCCUCAACCGCUGCUUUUGUCAAGCACACUAAUUUUUUUUUUCAUUUUUGUGAAGAAAUAAUAAGGUUUUGGCAGCUUUUGUAGUUAGGAAACCAGUGAGGGAUCACAUGAAUUAUGAGAAGAACAAGCAGGGAGAAAAUUAAACAGUAGGGCUGACUGUUUUGUGAAAAUAUUUGCUCUAUUGUAUACAGAUAACCAUAUUUUAUACAUACUACAUUUCUGUCAAAAAAAGAGAAAUACAAAAAAUAAAAUAAAAGUAUGCACUAGUUUAGCCUUGCUAUUUACAUAUCAUAUCUCUGUGUUAUCAUUUAGAGAAAUUACACAAAACAGAGUUCCUUUUCAGUGGUAAACUCUUCAUACCUGUCCAUCAUUACAAAUUAAAUGUCUGUGUACAAUCAUUCUUCAAACCCACAACAGAAUGUUUCAAUUUACAAAUAUACUGUAUUGAAUAUGUCAAUUUUGAGAAAACGUGUAUACAAUGAUGCAAAACACAUCUACAACAUGUACAUUUGAUGUAAUUAUACUACUACAAAUGUGAAUAUUUCUCUAUAUUAUCACACGGCUUCAGUGAAGUUGGAGCAAGCAUAUAAGAAUUAUGCUUAAAUUUGAUAUUGUCACCCAAUGUUGGAAGAUGUUGUUACUUCAAAUUAAAACGUAAGAUUUUUUUAAUCAUGUUUUACAUGAGUUUACAUUAGUUUCUUUAUAAUUGCAGCUGCAAUGUUUUAAAUCUGUAUGCUCACACAGGAGAUCUGCAGGGGCUUGCAAAGUGUACUUAACCUUCAAUUACUGGUUCUCCUUUACAAAUGUUUGCAAUGUUUAAUGGCCUAUAAAGUAUGCACUAUGAUUAACUUGCAAUGCAUUCAACUCAUAGUCACACGAUGCAAUCUGAAACUAUACUGUCUUUGCUUCUUUCCUUAUUAGAAAUUCUUUGCAUGUACUAAACUUGAGUUGAAUUUGUACUGCAGCGCCGCCAUGCCUUAAUGCUAAUGACAAGUAUGUCAUGUAUAGUUAUCUUUAUUGAGAUUAAUUAGGUUUAAUUCGCCAACAUGCAUGCAUGAAUUAAUAUUUUUGCAAUAGUAGACUACACAUAAUGAUCCACGAUGUUCACAUUACACAAAACUGAAAUUGCAUGUCAAAAUGACACAUUGUCAACAUUUUCAGAGACCCCCCAAAAAUUUAACAAAUCACGUUUUCAGGGGAGCCCAUGUCAUAUUGAGGGGAGCCAAGCUUCCCCUAGCUCCACCAUAGUUUGCACCCUGACUAAACAUGCAAUGGUAAAAACCCACUAAUCAUCACACCCCCAACCAGCACCCCCAUCGUCGGACACCACCUUCCAAGAGCCUGGGUCUGUCCGAGGUUUCUUCCUAAAAGGAAGAUUUUCCUCGCCACUGUCGCACUAAUGCUUGCUCUUGGGGGAAUUAUUGGAAUUGUUGGGUCUUUGUAUAUUAGAGCGUGACCUAUUCUAUCUGCAAAGUGUCUCAAGAUAGCUGAUGUCAUGAUUUGAUACUAUAAAUAAAAUUUAAUUGAAUUGAAAAGGAGGACGGGGCACCGCGGCCGAGUUGAGCCAAGCCAAAUACAGCUGUAACUAGCAUUGGGUAAGCACUAAUCGACUAAAUACUAGGACUACAUCUUCAUAGCUGUUGACCUGCAUGUAUCUCUACUGACCACUUCCCUUUGUUCUGGAUAACGUUUGCACUUCUUGGUGCACCAUCUUGGUUUACUUACAUGUAUUAGCCUACUAUUAUUGCUAGAAUAGGAAAAACAUACUAUAGCAUUAUUCAGCAUUUUGCUACCGCUGGUGAUUUUAACACAGCUUAUACAUGGACUGGUGUUUUUAAAUACACGAUAUUUUGUCUAGCUAAACCUAUUUGUAACAAAAAGGGAGGAUAACAACUGUCAAUACAGACCAACAACCUGUGUUUGAAAUGAGCCAGCACUCAAAAUGAACCAGUACUCAAUACUGGUACCAGCAGUACUGAUUUUUGUCCACAAGAGUACUCUUACUUCUAACUGUUAUUCACAGUAUUAUUGAUAGGCUGAUAUUUAUACCAAAAUAUCAUAUUUAUAAAGAAAAAAACAAGCAAAUGCUAUGUAAAAUCAGACAUUGAGCAUCCCCAUCUAGCCCGAAUGGAAUGAUCCAUGUUUUGUAACCACAUUUUUAGACACUGCAAGGAUUCGAAUUUGAGAUUGGCAGUCGAAUCGGGCUCUAUAGAUUGAAUCGUUAAAUAGUCGGCCAUUCGUGUCACGUACAAGAUAUACGUAUUUUCCUUUUUUUCAUUUAAUUAUUUAUCUCAAAGAAUCAACAGUGUUGCAAGACAAAACAAAAAAUUAAAACCACUAAAUGAAACACAACAAUUACAGAAAUACAGUACAUGCAUGGCCUAUAAAAUGACUAGUUUGAGAAGGAGCAGGUGGAAGCAAUUAGCUUAUUUGAUGCUGCCGCUAUUUCACAAAAUAAUUUUAUUACAAAGUAAAUAGAUGUACAAAUAAGCCUACAAUCUUUCAGGUCUUCCAAAAACGUACAACAAUGCAACAAUACACAACAAUAUAUUUACAUUACAAUUCUGUUCCUAUGUUUCAGUCUAUUCUUUUCUGUAUUGGUCAGUUAAUGAUUUCUUUAAUCUAUUUUUAAACUAAAUGAUAUUAUUUUUCUGUUUGACUUCAUUGUUCAGUCCAUUCUAUGAGGUCACCCCACAAACUGAAACACACAUGCUUUUAACAGUAGUUCGAACAAGAGGUUGUUUGAACAUAAAUUGUCCUCUUAAAUGAUAACCCAUGUUUUUUUAAUUAAACGUUGCGCAUAUGUUACAUGGUAAAUUAUUUUCAUUAACUUUAAACAUAAACUGAGCAGUUUUGAAUGUAACAAUGUCCAUAAAUGUCAGCAAAUGUGAAUUAAAAAACAGAUGAUUAGCGUGCUCAUAA